AUGCUUCGAGUUUUGUUUUUCUUCCUCGCGUUUCUGAGUUUAGUCUUUGCUACUAGAAAAAUUCUGAAGGUACCGCUAUACGUUAGGAGAAGCUUCAAUGGAAGUGAAGUCUUCCUGGCCAGAAGUGCAGACAAAGGAGGCGAAACCCUUCAGCUGCUGCUACAGACGCACAACAAUAUGGAAUAUUAUGGGACAAUAGCCGUGGGAAACCCUAGGCAAAACUUUACAGUGAUCUUUGACACGGGAUCUUCGAAUACGUGGAUACCCUCUGUGAACUGUCCGAUGAGUAAUUCGGCUUGUCAAAAUCACCGCAAGUACAACUCUUCUCGAUCAAGUAGUUAUAUUCCUGAUGGAAGAAACUUCACGCUGCGAUAUGGAUCGGGAAAAGUGGUUGGCUAUCUAUCAAAGGACACCAUGCACAUUGCUGGAGCUGAGUUACCCUAUUUCACAUUCGGGGAAAGUCUGUUCCUUCAACACUUUCCCUUUAGUUCCGUAAAAUUUGAUGGACUAGUGGGCUUGGGCCUGGGAGUCUUGUCCUGGUCCAAUACGACACCAUUUGUGGAACUUCUGUGUGCACAGCGAUUGGUUGAGAAAUGCGUGUUUUCGGUUUACCUCCGUCGACAUCCGCGGGAGAUAGUCUUCGGAGGAUUUGAUGAAUCUAAGUUUGAAGGAAAACUGCACUAUGUGCCAGUCAGCCAAUGGCAUACCUGGAGUCUUCAGAUAGCCAAAACUUCAGUGGCAACUCAACAAAUUGGUGGGAAAAGUAAUGCGAUUUUGGACACGGGAACAUCACUGGUUCUGGUGCCCCAACAAACAUAUCAUAACCUGCUGAAUACCCUAUCAGCUAAGCUACAAAAUGGUUACUUUGUGGUGACAUGCAAAAGUGGAUCUCUGCCAAAUAUCAAUAUUCUCAUCGGAGAAAUGGUAUUUCCCCUAACAUCCAGCGAUUAUUUAAUGGAAGUGCUUUUGGAUCGUAAACCAGUCUGUGUGUUGGCCAUUGCUCCCAUUAACAGGGGAUUUUGGGUACUCGGCGAUAUCUUUCUGCGCCGAUACUAUACAGUUUUCGAUGUCACAGAAAAGAGGAUCGGAUUGGCCAAGGCCAAGUAAUUGAUAAGUACAUAAAGUGUAUAUAUUACUUCUAUAUGUUACAUUUACAUUAAAAGUAUAAGUAUGUAAAGUAUAAAGUA